AUGAGUUCCUCGCUAGCAACCCCCCCCCCGCUCUGGAUCACCCUCUACCACGUUGUCACCCGCCUCCCUGACUCUCUGCGCCCUGUCAGGGACCAGUUCCUCUCUCGCUCCCCCACUGAGCUCACCAUAGCCCUCCUCGAGAAGGAACUGCUUGCAGCCGAGGCUAGUAUCGUCGCUGUAGGCACCUCUCGUGGCGACCCCCGCGGCCCCUUCUUCGAGGGGUGCUCCCCUUCCCCCCUCCUCCCCUCUGUCGCCUCUGCUGCUGCUGUCGACCUCCUUGGUGCUGAGAAGGUCGGGACUGCGUCUGCUUCAGGCGGACGACGCAGGGGCAGGAGUGGCAGGAGUGGGGGUGGUGGCGGAGGAGGCGGGGGUGGAGGUGGUGGCGGUGGAGGUGCGACUGGAGAGGCUAGUGGCGGCGGUGGUGGAGGUGACAGCGGUGUUGGGAGUGGUGACAGGGGCGGAGGUGGCAGCGGAGGCGGAGGUGGUCGUGGCAGCGGCAGGGGAGGAGGUGGCCGGGGCGGAGGCGGAGGGGGUGGUGGUCGUGGAGGCCCGGGGGGCGGUCAGAGUCAGCAGCCUGCCCCGACCCUUCAGGCCGCCCGUGAGUGGUAUGCGCGGCGCAGCGUCACCUGCCAGUACGUUAUUCGUACAGGUGACCGCACUGGCCAGACGUGUGGGGGGCCGCACCAGACGGAGCGCUGCUUCGCCCGCCUCAACGAUGCGUGGCGCACUCAGUUUCCUGGUGGGGGUGAGCUGCCGCGCUGGGCUGAUCUGCUCAGGAAGGGUGUUGAUAUUUGGGCACUUGACUUUGAUGCUAUUCUCACUGCCAUGUAUGCGAUGUCUAUUAGUGGAGAGGGUGCUCAGUACUUGCGUGUUCCGCCCGACCCGGGCAUUCAGGCCAGCCCCGCUGCUGCUCUAGGUGCUAGUGUGUCUGCUUCCACAGGUACUUCUGCAGCUGCUGCUCUAGGUGCUUGUGCGUCUGUGCCCCCUGGUACUGAGUCGACUGCAGCACUGCACACCUUCACACUGGACUCAGGUGCUUCUCGCUCUUUCUUUCGUGACCGCACUGUCCUUGAGCCUCUAGCUCGGCCGGUUGCUGUCUCUCUUGCUGACCCCUCUGGGGGUCCGGUCCUUGCGACCUCCUCCACCACCCUUCCGUGUCCAGCGGUUCCGUCCGGCACGCUCUCAGGUCUCUAA